AUGAGCCCUACAGGUGGUGCUACAAUUCCCCUUCCAGCAACCCAUGAGUCUAAACAACCUCCUUCACUUGUAACGUCUAUUGGCAUUGGGAUGCAUUCAAAAUCCUCGAGCGUGGGAAGUGAGUUAGGAAACUCCUUGGGUUCUGAGAAAUUGAAGCUUGGCGAAGUUGUUCCUCAACUAGUAAGGCCCUCAAAGAGAUCUCCGUCUCAUUCCAAUGAUAUUCUUUUUGAGAGGGAUAGAUUUAGAGCUAGGUUUCAUAAUAUGAAUCCCAAGGAUAAAGGUGAGUGCCAGUCGUUUGUGAAUGAAACAUGCGAGGUGUGUGAUAGUAUUGGAUUUAAAACAACAAAGCUAAAUAUAGAUGCAAAGCAGCAGCAAAGCACGACUUGUCCUUUGGAGCCAUCUUCUUCAUUUUUCAGGGAGCUUGGGAAGGAAAAUUUGGCAAACGCUAAAAUUGAAGCUGAGAUCAAAUCAAUCACGUCGAGACAAAUCAACGAGGUCUUCAAAUGGUAUUUUAAUAAUCCGCUACCUGAGACAUCUGUGAUUUUUCCUUGGUUACAUGGAUUGAAUAAAAGAAACCACGCUCAAAGAAGAUUUUUCAUCUUUCAACAGCAUCAGCAAGAGCAACAACAACAUAAGCCCUACUCAGCACUCCUGAAAUUCGACUCGAAACCGAAGAAUGCUAGGUUUUUGAUGUGCAUUCGUACAUCUGAGUCAGCGAAGCUUUUAAAGAACACUAUAGAUAUAUCUGAAGUCUUAAGCCCUAUCGAUAUAUCAAAUUCAGAAUUAAGAGAUAUGGUUGAAGAAAUCGUCAUAUCAAUAUUCGAAGACGCCGAUGAUGAAUUAAUAGACUUAUUGGUAAAAGAUUGCAACAAAGUUAGGUGCUUACCUAUGUUUCUCAAUUUGGAUCCUGAUCAUGGAAUUUCUUUAAGGAAUUUCCACAUUCAAGUUGCUAAAAUUGCAACUUUAUCUGACUUUAUAAUAUACGGGGAAGGUGACUCUAGCGUUUCUCGCUUGAUCUGGAUAGCCCAAAGAAACGAAGCACGACUGGAUAAUCAAAAGUGUGCAUAUAAUGUAUUUGUCUUGAAGGAUGUAGAUGAUAUUGAAGAUACUUAUUUCACUGCAAGGUCAGAAUAUGUAUCAAAAGAUGCCAGAAGGACUCAGUUAUCACUUGGAUCAUUUGAUUCUAAAAAUAUGUCGAUUUGGGAUACUGAUUAUCAAAUUAAAGAGAAGAUUGAAACAUCUAAGAUGUCAACAGCAACAGAAUUGGAUUGCAAUGUUUGGGUAGGCAAUAUUUGGAAUUAUCAAGUAACGAUGUUAUCUCCCUCGGAAACUGACUUCCAUUAUGACGGACUAAAAAAAGGUGACUUAUACUGCGACUCGAAUAAUUCAAUAGUUGUUCAAGAAGAGGAUGUUUCAAAUGAUAUCAUGAGUUAUCUUCCGCCUCCAUCGGCAAAUUGGAGGCUAUUCGUAUAUUGUCAUAACGAAGCUGACUUCCCGCAGUUAUCAGAUUUGCUCACAUUGUUAAGGAAAGUUGAUGGAGGAAAUUCUAUGAACUCACUUUUAGAGUAUACGACAUUGGAAUUUCCUCCAACUGGUUCCAUAGGCUUAGGGGACUGCAAGAAAGAAAAUCUAAUGUCUAUUGUUAAUACGUGCAAGUUAAUUUAUGCGUAUUCGAAGAAGGCGACGACUAAAGAGCACCCUCUCAGUGCUUUGAUCUAUUGUUCUGAUGGAUAUACCGAGCUGUCUUUAUUGGUUCUUUGCUACAUCAUGUACUGUAGCAAUAUCGCAUUAGAUGAAGCAAUUUUGAAGCUUCAUCUUGAAUACGGAAGACCUUUUUACAUGUUCAACACUGAUGUCGUAAUUUUAAAGAAAUUGGAGCUUAUAUUAAGGAAGUGUUCUCCACUAGCACUAGCUGCAAACAUUAAUUGGUCUGAAUUAGAACAACUUUCUAAUAAUGAAAUCAAUGAUUUGCUUCUUAGUCCCGUCUCUGUUCUAAGACCUCGAUCGGUCAGUAAUAGCUUAACAACAGGCUAUCUUAAUUGUGAUUCUGAUAGUUCUGAUGCAAGCGAUAUUGACGAAAGCUUGGGCCCAGAGAUUAAAGAUGCAUGGGUCCAUGAGGUUGAGGGUACUUUGCCGUCCCGAAUGUUGAAGUACUUAUAUUUAGGGUCACUAAAACAUGCUAAUAGUUUGUCCUUAUUAACUAAAUUGGAAAUUAAGGAAAUCAUUUCAGUUGGGGAAAGACUAGAUUGGAUAAAUGGUUAUAAAUUUAAAGCUAACUACAUAGUCCAAGUGGAAACCAUUGAUAACGGCAAUAUUGAAAUACUUACAAUUAUUCCAAAAAAUGAUCUAGCGAGCCAAAGAUGCUCUGUCCGAACUGUGGUGAAAAUAAAUAAUUUGCAGGAUGAUGGGAUAGAUGAACUCUCUAUGGCAUUACCUUCAAUACUACGCUACAUCGACGAGUUUUACAAAAAGUCCAACGGCAACACUAAAAUAUUAGUUCAUUGUCGUGUUGGUGUCUCAAGAUCUGCUACUGUUGUGAUUGCAGAAGUUAUGAGAAGAUUAAAAAUUUCUUUGGCUAGAGCUUACUUGUAUGUUAGAGUGAGACGGCUCAGUAUCAUAAUACAACCAAACUUAAGAUUUAUGUACGAACUAUUCAAGUGGGAAGAAAAUCAAAAACUUUUAGGAGCUUUUGAUGGCCCUCUUCUACGAGAAGUUGACUGGUUCAUCAUGUGUCGGGAAAUAAUGAGACUUAAUAACCCAUAUUUAUCGACCUGA